CCGCGGUGGAACCAGACAACUAGUCGUCAGAGAGUCGAGAAGCGCAUAUCGACCAGUCGGGUCCGCAACCGGAGUUCUAUCCUCGUUCGAACGUACUACAAUUGAACGUACUCACACGCCUUCAUCGCGAUUCUCUGAUCAACGCUGAAAAACCGGCGGAUUACGAGUGACACUAGCUAGCGAGAAGCGUCAGUAGAAGUUCUACGACAAGUUUCGAGAAGCAUCCGUCGAAAUUUCUCCCAGCUCUAUCGGCUAUAUCUAGCCGAUUAUAUUUAUAUUGACAGGGCGUCCAUCCGGCUUGGUCGAGAGGAAGUAGGAGAGGAAGGCAAGAAAAUAGUGGUAAAUCAGGCACAUAUUAGUGAUCUCGCAACCACGACUUCGAGCUCAGAAUCUCAAAGGAGAAAAGUGGUCCGUGAGAUUGGAGCAAGACGUCGCUGUUACUAUGUAAAUUAGCAGUAGCUAUAUCCUCUCGUGCGCGCGCACUGUCGCCGACCAGCAACGACACCAGCUGUGAGAAUAUCAUCAUCGAUAGCGGAGUUUGCGAAAGGAACGAAAGCCGCCAGUGACAAAAAAUCACGCGGCACAAGACUUCGAACUAGAGACCUGGGCUUCUCUCUGACCGAUCCCAAGGAAGCCCGCAAACUGGCUCCGGAGGUGAGGAUCAAGCAAAUUGGAAUGAGGGAGGAUCUGUUGUCUAUAAUACGACACACGAGCAGCGACCACUUUUCGGAAGAACUUUAGCCGAGAGCUCAACCGGAAAGCAGAGGAAGAGAAACUAAGCAGACUGAUGCGAUAACACGAGAUUAGAAUAGGGGCGGCUCUUCAGCUUUUUGGAGCAGCGGGACGCAAUCGGGCUUCCUUUUGUUCCGAGCGAUAUCUUAACAAGUCAUAAACCUAUCACGAUUUAUAAAAUAAAUAAGGAAACGGAGUGCUAGAGACAUAGCGACAAAGAGGAAGAAAGAGAGAGUGAAAUAGAGAAGAAGAGAAAGAGAGAGAGAGAGAGAGACAGAAAAAGAGGGAGAGCAAAAGAAUAAAAAAGCUGGUACUUGAUAAACCGGUUUUUCUCCCCAAUAAGGGUUUCUCGGUUAUGCCCUGGGUCGUCGCAUGUUUUGAUCUGCUGGCAACUCCGUUACUGGGUUAUUGUAUCGCACUCAGAAAACUCGCCCUGCAAGCCGGCGUUCUGCUAGAGAAAAAAACCGAUUUAAUUAGGAAACAAAGGUCCAACACGGAAGUACUCCUGAACGCCGGCAUUACAACCAACAUGGUCCCUAAUACGGAAGAGCAGCGUCAAGACCCUGGCAAAGAGAAGGCCAUCGCGAGAAUGCCCGGAGUGGCGAAGUCAUCGCGCAAGUUUGCGGGAGUUGUCAUUGCCACUUGCGGUCUACCGGCUUGCGGAAAAAGCCAGAUAGGAAAAAACCUCGCUCGCAGACUCAACUGGAAUGGCAUAACCACGAAAGUGUUCCACGUGAUCGAUUAUCGGAAAAAGCAAUCCGAACCUCACACAUCUCAUGAUGUUACAUUCUUUCGAUUGGAUCAGGCGGCAAGCAACGCCACAAGAAUUCUCGCGCAGAGAGAUGCUAUGCAAGAUUGCGCGUCAUGGCUCGCGUCUGGCAAUAAUGUAGCAAUCCUCGACGCUAUGUUGAUCACGACAGCAGAACGCACCGAAGUCUACGACUAUUUUUCCGCUCAGCUCGGUUACCGCGUUCUUUUCAUCGAGUGCGUUUGCCACGACCCGGUGGUUCUGCAGCGUAACCAACAAGAGAUGGUGAAACACAAUGCUGAUUACGCCGACGUGGAUGCCACUCUGGUCGCAGAGUACCUGUGUUCAAAAAUCGCUUAUUACACCGAAUUGUACGAGCCCAUGUACGAGAGAUCCUACCCCAGAAUCAGAAUUGACACCGCUACUAUGGACAUCGAGACUUGCAAGGUUACCGGUCAUAUUGAAACCAAGGUGUUGGGAUAUCUUGGAGACAUCAGUCUCAAACCGCACACUCUUUAUUUCUCAAGACAUGGUGAAAGCGAAUACAACGUGCUCGGCAAAAUUGGCGGUGACGCAGUUUUAAGCGCCAGAGGUGAGCGAUACGCACAAGCGUUGUCGACCAGAUUCAACGCCAUGCGCAUCCCCGAUCUGCGGGUUCUCACCAGCCGCCUCCGCAGAACAAUCGCCACGGCACGGGGCAUCGAGGCUCCUCAAGAACACGUGGCCGCUUUGAACGAACUUCACGCCGGGGUGUGCGAAGGCCUAUCUUACGAGGAGAUGCAAGAGCGCUAUCCGCAGGAAUUCGCAUGGCGCGAUCAAGACAAGCUGCGUUAUCGUUAUCCGUGGGGCGAGAGCUACAUCGACGCGAUGCAACGUGUCGAGCCGGUGAUCGCCGAACUGCAGCGCUCGAACAACGUGCUCGUGGUGUCGCACCAGGCGGUUCUGCGCUGCAUCAUCGGCUUCUUCCUCGACAAGAAACCCGAGGAAGUGCCCUACAUGGAAGUGCCGCUGCAUACGAUCAUCCGCCUCACCAGCCAGGGUCACAACUACAAGCUCGAGUUCAUCAAGCUGCCGAUCGAGUGCGUCGACACCACCCGCGUCAAGCCAAACAAUUGCAGCGGCGACCGCACCGCGGCCGACGCUCUGCUCACGGUCCCCGCGCACUUCGAUAUACCAGAUCCUUGGAGGAAUCCCGGCAACGGGCCUACUCUUGUGCAACAGCACUAGCAAAGGAAAGGCAAGGUCGACUUUGAAAGUGGCGCGAGCCGAAUUCGGGAACAUCGUAUCUGUUGGACCGAAUGGUUUUUCACGAGCAAUGCAAGAUCAAAUGCAGAGACAAAUUUUAGAUCUCCUGGUUCUGUGCGAACCGUUUUACUUCAACACAUGUUUAAUGCAGAAAUUCUUUAUAAAAAUUAUUUUACAAUUUAUUUUUAUAAAAUAUUUCACGAGACACACAAAAAGUAACGGGGAGAAAUUGUGAAUAGAAAUUGAAUCACCAAGACAGUUCUUCUGAAAGAAAAUUUAUGCGAAGCUUGAGAAAUACAAAACACCUUUCAGUUGAUGGGAUCACGUAGCGAUUUGUCUGUUUCAGUUAAAAUGGCUGUAGUGUGAUUUCCACAAGUUGAUUUACGUCAUGUUCGAGAUAAGCUUAGCUUAUGUUCAUAGUUAGCUGUGACACUCGCGGCGCUACUGGAAUAAUUUACUUCAAGUAGACUUGUUCGUAGCCCCGGAGAUAUAUGGAGAUAUAUGGAGAUAAUUCACUUGUAGGAGGGAAAAUUAGAUCGUUAUGUUAUUAGCGACGGCUGAAACGAACCAACUUGACCUAAUUACAAUUAAUGCAUGGACAUGAUAUAUGCACGUUUGGUAUAGAAUCUUAGCCGGAAGAUUUUCCGUUUAAUGGAGAGAACGCACAGAUUCCAGCAUGAAUAUCUUUGACACUGAUCGUCGGCGAAGUUUUGCGAGUGUCUUGUGUCGGCUUCGACGACAGGUCUACGAUAACCAAAUAUUACAACACGCCUUUUCAACGAAUAGCAACUGGAAGCCCAUCGCUCGGCCCUCUACGCAUCGCGUGAUAUAAUUACGUUAAUAAUUUAUAGGAUUAUCACACAUAUAGUGUGCUUGGUAAUUCGUGUUACAAAUUAAUACGCGUUAAGGUACAUUACCUGUUGUGCUAAAUAUAUAUAUAUAUAAGUUUAUAGAUUUGUAUAAAGAAUGGGAAAUUAUAUAUCGAAAACUGUUUGUGUAUGUGUGAGAGAGAGAGAGAGAGAGAGAGACAGAGAGGAAGGGAAAGAAAGAAAGAAAGAAAAAGAAAAGGAUAGAUACGGACGUUGAAAUUGAACAUUGAAAUUAAUAUAUUUUCGUAUUUUAGAAUUUCUACGAUCGAUUCCUCUCGAGACGUGUUGCGAAACUUUUCUUUCGUACUGUGAUCGUUAAUAUUUCCAUCGAAUGCACAAUCUUUUUUGUUAUAGACGCGUGUCAUCGAAUUUAUAACAAUGUUGAAUAACGAGAGAUUAAGAGAUAUAAAUAGAAACGUUCAAAUAUACGGAAGUUAUCGUGUGCAAAACUCGAUUUUCAUAUAUUAUGGAUUAAUUAUCCGGCCUCUCUUUUUGUAAUGACGAUCAAAACGGUAGGAUAUAUAUUCAGCUAUUGUAAGACUAUUCUUAUAUUUUUAUAAAAAAAAAAAACAAAUAUAUAUAUAUAUAUUAGAUGUAAUAAUGUAGCGAUUUUGUUUAUGACAAUUGAUGCGUUAUAUAUUUUAAUCAAUAAUUUUAAUCAGUAAAUGUCUAUAUUUUUACUCUUGUUUAGCUCACAAAUAUAAAAUUUUUCGUUAUAUAUAAUCACUGCAUUGUUUUCGAGGAAAAUUACUUCUAUGAAUUGGAUAAAAGCAAAAAUGUAUUAUAUUGUGCUUGAGGUCUGAUAGAAUUUCUUGUUAAAAUGUUCCAUGACGAUAUUACUUAUAUUCCGUAGCUUUCAAAGUAUCUCGUGUGCUCUAGGCGGUGUUUUUGUGUCACAAAUCAAUUAGAGAACACGGGAAAUAUCGUUGAUCUUUACUUUUCCUGAAACAAAGCAGCAUACAUUCGUUUCCAUAUAUUGGCUGAAUAUUAUUUAUAACAUGGAGAGUCUCAUUUCUAUUACUAUAUUCAUUCUCUCUGUGUAUUGUAUAUCGCAGUAGCGAAUGACAGAAACUUUAAUUGCCUUGUUUCGAUUUUCUUGAUAAUUUAUUUUAAUUUUGUACAAUACUUUUCCGUGAAGUUGAAACCUCGACUCGAAUUUUCUGCAAAUAUGAUCAAAUUGCAAAUGAUUCUGUAUUUAGGAUAAAUAUGUUGCAUUGCAUUUGCAACGUAAAACUGUUUAAUUCAAUAUGUUCUUGUGUCGAUAUAUUAGAAUGUGUAUUUUUAAUGUAGAUACAACGAGAUAUACAGAAAUGCAAACAUUAUAAUAAUAUA